CGACAAUUCAGUCCGCUCCUUUCGCUUGCGUUCCUAAUAUCGAGCACCAUGUCCGAACGCGAGGAUGCGCUGAGUGAUAUCAUCCCUCAGAGUAAUGAUAUAUCGCGCCAAGUCAGUGAGCGUCCUACACCAAGUGAAGAUCAACAUGAGAGCGAGGAUGAGAUGGAGAUUGAUGGUAUCGAAGAAGAUAAUGACGAGCCUCUACAAUUGAGUGUGGCCGUAUCAGCAAAGAAAGAGGCUGCCAAUGCUAAACGAACGCAGAGGCUCCAGCAGGCUGGCGCCCUGAGCUCCAAGCGUGCCAAUCUUGACCGUGCGAAGGUAGUAGAUUCGGUGAAACGCUAUUCGUACUUACUUGGUCAGACGGAUUUAUUCCAACAUUUUAUGAAUGCUCGGGCGGCACGAGACGCCGAGUACGCGGUUAUUGUCAGCGCCCAAGCUCAAAACAAAGGGAAAGGAAAGAAAAAGCCAGUUAGCCAGGAUGCUCGUCACCGCAAAAGUGAGAAGGAGGAAGAUGAAGAAUUAUUGAAGAGCGGUGAUCAUGGCGAUGAUGAAGAGCAACCAUUCGUCUUCGAACAAUCACCAAACUAUGUCAAGGGUGGCACUAUGCGUCCUUACCAGCUACAAGGACUGAAUUGGAUGGUCUCUCUUCAUCAUAACGGUUUGAAUGGCAUUCUUGCGGACGAAAUGGGUCUCGGAAAAACGCUUCAAACCAUCUCGUUCUUAGGGUACCUCAAACACACUCGUGGCAUCCCGGGACCGCAUCUUGUUUGUGUCCCUAAAAGCACUCUGAAUAACUGGGCGAGAGAGUUCUCGCAAUGGGUUCCCGACUUCGACGUAGUAGUCUUGACCGGUGAUAAGGAGGCUAGGUCCGAGCUUAUAUCAUCCCGUAUCUUGCCUCAAAAGUUCCAGGUUCUAGUUACCUCCUACGAAAUUUGUCUCCGUGAGAAGAACUCACUGAAACGGCUCUCGUUCGAGUACAUCGUCAUCGAUGAGGCACAUCGUAUCAAAAAUAUGGACUCUCUACUCUCCCAGAUCGUGCGCGCCUUCAGUUCUCGUGGGCGGCUCCUUAUCACUGGCACGCCGCUACAAAAUAAUUUGCAAGAACUUUUUGCCCUGCUCAAUUUUAUUUGUCCUGAGAUCUUUUCGGAUUACUCGGAUCUGGACAGUUUCUUGCACCAGGGGGAUGCCGAGGGCAUUAGCGAAGAGGAUGCAGGUGCCCGUGUUGUAGCUGCAUUGCACAAGAUCUUGCGGCCAUUUUUACUGCGUCGUGUUAAGUCCGACGUCGAAAAGAACCUGCUUCCCAAGAAGGAAAUUAAUAUUUAUGUUGGUCUCACUGAGAUGCAGAGGAAGUGGUAUAGGUCUGUGCUCGAAAAGGAUAUAGAUGCUGUGAAUGGGCUCUCAGGGAAGAAAGAGGGAAAGACAAGACUUAUGAACAUCGUUAUGCAGUUGAGGAAAGUCACGUGCCACCCCUAUCUCUUCGAUGGAGCUGAACCUGGACCCCCAUACACGACUGACGAGCACCUUGUUGAUAAUGCUGGAAAAAUGACCGUACUUGACAAACUUCUGAAGUCCCUCAAGGCGAAAGGGUCUCGUGUUCUCAUUUUCAGUCAAAUGAGCAGAGUAUUGGACAUCCUCGAGGACUACUCACUUUUCCGUGGAUACAAAUACUGUCGAAUUGACGGAGGGACUGCACACGAGGACCGUAUCGCCGCCAUUGAUGAAUACAACAAACCCGGAAGCGAAAAAUUCUUGUUUCUCCUCACAACUCGAGCUGGUGGCCUUGGUAUCAACCUGACUUCUGCCGACGUUGUCAUAUUGUAUGAUAGCGACUGGAACCCUCAAGCUGAUUUGCAAGCCAUGGACAGAGCUCACCGUAUUGGGCAAACGAAGCAAGUUUAUGUUUAUCGUUUUAUUACGGAGGGAAGCGUUGAAGAACGGAUGCUGGAGCGUGCGGCGCAGAAACUUCGUCUCGAUCAGCUCGUCAUUCAACAAGGCCGCACACAAGCUGUGAAUAAAGGCAAGCCGGAUGUGAAAAGCAAAAGAAUCAUAUCGGCAACGAAAGAUGAACUUCUCGACAUGAUCCAACAUGGUGCAGAAGAGAUUGUCAACUCGACAGAUGGCUUUUCUAUUUCAGAUGACAUAGAUGCUAUCAUCGCCCAAGGCGAGGAACGUACCGCCGAGCUCGCUAGCAAGUGGGAAGGGCUAACAUUCGAAGACUUGAGCAACUUUAAGUCCGAAGCAAAUGUCCAAACCUGGGAAGGUGAGGACUACCAAAACAAACGCAAGACUAUCGGCUUGAAUUGGAUCCAGCCCUCAAAGCGAGAACGGAAAGGGAACUAUUCUAUUGAUGGCUAUUACAAAGAUGCCAUGCGUGCUGGCCCUUCCAAAGUUACCGACAAAGCUCCCAAGGCACCGAAACCACCGAAGCAGCUUGUUAUCCAGGAUCACCAAUUCUACCCUCCCGAGUUAGCACCGUUACAAGACCGUGAAACUGCCGCAUGGAGAAAAGAACACGAGUACGUUGUGCCAUUACGUGAGCCGGUGAAUGAAUCCGAACUUCCUGAGAUGCUGGAAGCAGAGCGCGCAGCGGAGCAGGCCAUCAUUGACAAAGCGGUGCCGCUGACGGAAGCAGAGAUGAGGCGGAAAGAGGAGCUUGAGACCAAAGGUUUCGGCGAGUGGACGCGAAGAGACUUCCAGCAGUUCAUCAAGGGGAUGGAGAAGCAUGGGCGUGAUGAUCAUGCCUACAUCGCCUCCGAAAUUGAUGAUCCUUCCAAGGAUGAGGGUGCUGUUCGUGUUUAUGCUAAGGUGUUCUGGAAGCGAUACAAGGAAUUGGAAGAUUGGGAACGGAUCAUGGCGCGACUCGACGAUGCCGAACAAAGGGCGCAGAAAUUGGUCAGAUCAGACGAGAUGGUCAAGCAGAAAGUCGGGCAGUAUCGCUUUCCCAUGCAAGAACUUCAGCUUCAAUACAGUCAGACGAAGGGCAAAAUUUAUACUGAAGAAGAGGACCGCUACCUUUUGUGCAGGCUCGCACACUAUGGGCUUCACUCCGACGAUGUGUACGACAAAAUCAAGAAGGACAUCAGCGACUUCCCUGUGUUCCGCUUUGAUUGGUUUCUACGCAGUCGGACUCCGGUUGAGCUUGGAAGACGAUGCGCGACUCUGAUCAGCCUGAUCGCUAAGGAAUUUAAUGCACCAAUUGAGGAGGAGGAAGAAGAAGAAGUUGAGGAGCAGCCAAAGCCGAAACCUGCGCCGGCUCGCGGACGGAAACGUUUGUUAGAGGAGUCAGCUAAGGACUCUCGUGCUUCUACACCAGGUUCGACGACGGCUCCAGGAAAGCGAGCCACGAAGAAAAAAAAGACAUGAGUUGCUCAAGAUGGUGACUCUCCAUAUUGUCCUUUACACAUGUUGUAAUCUUGCGGCUCUCCACUACCUAUUCGUCCGGCUGUAUUUAUUGCUUUUUUUGGAUAGCGUAUCAGGUCUUAAGCGUCAACUUUUACACGAUGACAUUCUUCGUCGAUAGGUCUGACUGACUUAUUUCUAUAAGGAUCUCACAAAUCGAUCCCUGGUUGUAACGCAUAAGGCGAUGCGCAGUUCUCUUCCACCUCUCCCUGCGUUUUAGGACUUUGGGUCUAGGCUCUACAAUCAGCA